UGUCCUUUCAGCAUGCGGAGUGAGCUGUUCAUCUCAACAUGCCAUGUCCCAGCAAAUUUCUGUUGCGCUGAAGUCAAACAAGCAGCCGCAUGGCUAGAUUGGCGAUUACCCUUUCGCACAGGCUAGCGCUGCGACUUAAGAUGCAGAGCACAUGCACUUGUACGGAGCAAACCUGCCGCCGCCAUCUUCGUAGGCUCUGCGGCUCUUCUGCGACAGUGGAAAAUCCCUCGCUCAUGUGUACUCAUUUAUUGAUGAAGCGUUCAAGAUGCAACACCAGCGCUCUGCUGACCCGGUGCCCAAAGUCGCCAGACAGGCCCCACCAGCCAUGCACCACGACUAGUGCAUGUACCUUGGCAUGCAGCUCCGGUCAACUCGCAGCUUCAUCGUCACGAAUCAGCGCUGCAGCAUGUGGAAUAGGCUGUGGAGUGUGUGGUGUAAGCCAAAGCAGAUGAAGAAUCAUCUCUCUUGGAGGACUCGAAGAAGCAAGUGAUCUGGCGGAUAAAAAUAAGCAGCCGAGC